CCUCAAAGUUUUUUUCAAUAAAAAAAACCGCAAUAAGUUUAAUCACGAUGUUAAAUAUUACAAAAUCUCUUUAUAUUAGGCCAUUGGCUAAUUAUGUACGCAAAAAUCUAGUAGUGACAACAAACACUCAAAGAACUAUGUGCACUAAAAACAAAUUUCAAAUUAAAAAUGACUUUGAGGGCAGACCUUUGUAUUUGGAUGCACAAGCGACUUGUCCCUUGGACCCUCGUGUCUUAGACGAAAUGAUGCCCUAUUUAACUUCUUAUUAUGGUAAUCCACAUUCCCGAACUCAUGCUUAUGGAUGGGAAUCGGAGGCUGCAGUAGAAAAGGCCAGAGAACAGGUGGCCAACUUGAUAGGAGCAGAUCCGAAAGAAGUAAUUUUUACUUCAGGAGCAACAGAAAGUAAUAAUAUAGCAGUAAAAGGGGUGGCAAGGUUUUAUGCCUCUAAAAAGAAGCACAUUAUUACCACCCAGACCGAACAUAAAUGUGUUUUGGACUCUUGCAGAGCUUUAGAGGCAGAGGGAUUCACAAUUACUUACUUGCCUGUACAGUCAAAUGGCAUAAUAUCGAUGGAAGAACUAGAAAAAAGCAUAACUCCCGAAACAUCUUUAGUUUCUAUAAUGACUGUAAAUAAUGAAAUAGGAGUAAAACAACCAGUAGCAGAAAUCGGAAAACUUUGCAAAGCCAAAAAAGUCUUUUUCCACACAGAUGCCGCUCAAGCUAUAGGAAAAAUACCGAUAAGUGUUAAUGAUAUGAAUAUUGAUCUAAUGUCGAUCAGUGGACACAAAGUUUACGGUCCUAAAGGUGUUGGUGCUAUUUAUGUAAGGAGAAGACCCAGGGUGAGAGUAGAAGCUUUACAAAGUGGGGGAGGACAAGAACGAGGUAUUCGAAGCGGUACAGUUCCUACACCUUUAGUAGUAGGGCUCGGCCGUGCAUGUGAAGUAGCCCAAGAAGAAAUGGCAUAUGACCAUGAUCGAAUUGUAAAAUUAAGUAACAGACUCCUAGACACCAUAUACGGCGAACUAACUCACGUCAUAAGAAAUGGGGAUCCGGUACAAUCAUAUCCAGGUUGUAUUAAUCUUUCAUUUGCCUAUGUGGAAGGAGAAUCUCUUUUGAUGGCUUUAAAAGAUAUAGCGCUCUCCAGUGGUUCGGCCUGUACAUCUGCAUCUCUUGAACCAUCUUAUGUUCUUAGAGCAAUUGGAACUGAUGAGGAUCUCGCUCAUAGCUCAAUUAGGUUCGGUAUUGGUCGCUUUACAACUGAAAAAGAAGUAGAUUACACCGCAAGAAAAUGUAUAGACCAUGUAACAAGAUUGAGAGAAAUGAGUCCUUUAUGGGAAAUGGUGCAGGAAGGUGUCGAUCUAAAGACUAUUCAGUGGUCUCAACAUUAAACAUACUUUGGACUUUUUAACUGCUUGUGAUAAAAAGUUAUUUUGUUAAAUUGUAAUAUUGAUUUUAAGAUGUAAAUGUACAUAAAGAAAAACGUAAUUAUGUUAUAGAUAAUUCAAUAAAUAUUCAAGAGUUCAUGAAUUA